GCGGCGGCGGGCGCGCCGAGGCUGCCGCCCAGCGCCCUCGCCGCGGCCAUGCCCCGGCCCUAACGCGCCUGCCGCAGCCGGCGCCCCGCAGCCCCGCAGCCCCGCAGCCCCGCGCCCGCUGCCGCCUCUUCAAUGGGCAACCUGCUCGGUGGAGUCAGCUUCCGCGAGCCCACCACCGUGGAGGACUGCGACUCCACCUGGCAGACAGACUCGGAGCCCGAGCCCGAGCCGGAGGAGCCGGGGCCAGGCGGCGGCGGCGGUGACGGCGGCGAGGGCCCGGGGCUGGAGCCCGAGCAGCCCGCUCAGCCCCCGGAGCGAGCCGGCGGGCGCUCCCGCAUCAGUCCCGCGCCGGACGAGGACGCCGAAGCGGCGCGCGCCGAGCAGAGUGCUGAUUCCACUGAAGCAACUGCCAAACCAAAGAGAAGUUUUUAUGCUGCAAGGGAUUUGUACAAAUAUCGACACCAGUACCCACAGAACUUCAAAGAUAUCCGAUAUCAAAAUGACUUGAGCAAUCUUCGCUUUUAUAAGAAUAAAAUUCCAUUUAAGCCAGAUGGUGUUUACAUUGAAGAAGUCCUAAAUAAGUGGAAAGGAGAUUAUGAAAAGCUGGAGCACAACCACACUUACAUUCAAUGGCUCUUUCCUCUGAGAGAACAAGGCUUGAAUUUUUAUGCUAAAGAACUAACUACAUAUGAAAUUGAGGAAUUCAAAAAAACAAAAGAAGCAAUUAGAAGAUUUCUCCUGGCUUAUAAAAUGAUGUUAGAAUUUUUUGGAAUAAAACUGAUUGAUAAAACUGGAAAUGUUGCUCGGGCAGUUAACUGGCAGGAGAGGUUUCAGCAUCUGAAUGAGUCCCAGCACAACUACUUAAGAAUCACCCGUAUUCUUAAAAGCCUUGGUGAGCUUGGAUACGAAAGUUUUAAAUCUCCUCUUGUAAAAUUUAUUCUUCAUGAAGCUCUUGUGGAAAAUACUAUUCCCAAUAUUAAACAGAGCGCUCUCGAGUAUUUUGUUUAUACAAUUAGAGACAGAAGAGAAAGGAGAAAGCUCCUACGUUUCGCCCAGAAACAUUACACGCCUUCAGAGAAUUUUAUCUGGGGGCCACCUAGGAAAGAAGAGUCAGAAGGAAGCAAAGCCCCGAAAACGCCUUCCCCUCCCACCUCCAGUCAUAGUCAAACUUCUAUGCACAAAAAAUCUAAGGAUUCCAAAAAUUCCUCCUCAGCUGCUCAUGUAAAUAGCAAAACAGCCGAGGAAAAAAAAGCGGCACCUGGAGAGCCUGGAGAAGAGACAGACAGGCCCAGCGCGGAGCCCAGCAGCGAGGCUGCCAGGCCGAGGAUCGCGGAGAAGGAUGGGAGUGCCGGAAAUUCAAACUCUCAACCAGAAAAAGCAACGAAUAACCCCUCAGAGGGAGAGGAGAGUACACCGCCUCCUGAAGAGGAAGAAGAAGGUGAAAAUCAUAGCAAAGACUGUGAAAAUCCUGGAAAUACAGGCUCUCAGGAUGAUGUACUGUCCCAGUGAAUUAUCAGAAACCCAUCGGUUUAGGUAAGGGAGGAGGAGACUGCUGCUCAGUUUAUUCUAACGAACAGAGGUCACAUUUCACAUUUUAGCCAUCUGUUGGUGACUUAUGUUGUAAAUCACCAUUUAUGUUGUUAAUCAUCAAAAUAAGCAUUUUGGUUUUUUGUUGUUUUUUUUUUGGAUGACAACAAGUUUAAUAAGAUGUUUUAAGAUAAAACCCAAUAAAUGAAUGUAUUCUUUAACACUUUUAGGACGUCAGUGUACAAAUUCUGUAUACAAUAAUUAUUUUACAGUUAUUUUUAUGUAUCUGGAAAUAAUCAUGUAGUAUUUGGAAUAUCAAAUAAAUUCUUUGGAGAGGUUACAGUCUACCUAAAGACAACCAAGAGGAUAAUUUCAUUAUGUUGCCACACCUUUGACUGAUUUAUGGGUUAAUUAUUUUUAAGCUGGAAGAAUCUGGUCUUCUUAAAUGUAUUCAGAAAGUAAUUUGGAUUUUUUUUUUUAUUACAACACCGUAACAUGUUUUAUUUUAAAAUUCUGAUAGAUGAAAUGGCUAUUUGGGGGGAGCUAUAACCUCCCCAGCCCAUCCGUCAGUCUUGUCUUUCCCUCUUCCCCCUGCACUCACCCGCCUCCGCCC